GCGAAACCCCAGGCCAAGCCAGGCCCACUUCUAGAGUCUGUUCAAAGCCUCUUCGAGUUUACUGGCCCAGUCCCAACCCUAAUCUUCUUUUAUUCAUUCAUCUUCUCCGUCAAGAACCCUAAUCAAAUCCUCUCCCUAAUCUCUCUCUCUCCCCUACAUAUAUCUCCUUUAUUUCUUCACUCUCUGCAUCAUGGACGGAAUUCGGGCUACGUACAAAGACGAGGAGGUUGACAACUAUUCAUCCAACAACAACGAAAUCAACAACGUUGUCAUCACCGAUCCGACACCACCCACCACCACCUCUGCCACCGACGGCGCCGCCUUCAUCGCCACCACCAGCACCACCUCUGCUGGAACUCGUGAUUCAGAAACCAAAUUCUUAAUUGACGUCAAAGAAGAAGCUGUUGCCUCCGCCGAGGAUAAAGACCAAAACCCUCCUCUGAAAAAGCAGAAACUGCUUUCACAUCUACCAAUAAAUGCAGAGCCAUCGCCUGAUAUAGCAAUGAUUCCUACAUCUGCACAACCCAAAACCAAAAGAAUGACAACCAAAUCGAAGAAGAAGACGACGAAAUCGACAUCACGAAAAGGUAAAAAGAAGUUUAAGAAGAACAAUAAUGACAAUGCCCAAACACAGGAUACGGUGUUGAUCACUCCGAUUCCCCGCUUUGCUGAUAAAAAUGACGAUGCUCCCGAUAUGAAAAUCUGUCUAUCUAAGGUUUCGAAAGCUGAGAAAGUUGAUUUGAGUGAGGAUCGAUUGACUGCUGCCAGUAUCAAAGGUUAUACAAUGGUUAGAGCCACUAGAGGUGUUGUGGAUGGUGCUUGGUAUUUUGAGAUUAAGGUAGUGAAUUUGGGUGAGACGGGGCAUACUAGACUCGGGUGGUCGACUGAGAAGGGGGACCUGCAGGCACCGGUUGGGUACGAUGGAAAUAGCUAUGGGUAUAGGGAUAUUGAUGGGACGAAGGUACACAAGGCUUUGAGGGAGAAGUAUGGGGACGAAGGGUAUGUUGAAGGUGAUGUUAUUGGGUUUUACAUUAAUUUACCAGGGGGCAGUUUGUGUGCACCAAAACAACCCAAUUUGGUUUGGUAUAAAAGGCAGAAGUACUUCUACAUGGAGGAUGGGAAUGAAGAUCCUCCUAAAGUGGUACCGGGAAGUGAAAUAUCUUUCUUCAAAAAUGGGAUAUGCCAAGGGGUUGCUUUUCAGGAUCUCUGUGGUGGUCGAUACUACCCUGCAGCUUCAAUGUAUACACUUCCCAAUCAACCAAAAUGUGUUGUCAAGUUCAACUUUGGCCCUGAUUUUGAAUUCUUUCCAGAAGAUUUUGGCAGCCGCCCCAUACCAAGACCAAUGACUGAAGUUCCUUAUCUUGGCUAUGAUGUCAAAGUUGAGAAUGGUAAUCAACGUGUUUCCAUCAGAAUGUGGCCUAUGCUGAAAGUGGUAAAAGUGCAAGGUAUUCAAAGUUAUGAAAGCUGCUGAUGUGGCCAGAUAAGCAAAUGGAAAAUGCUCAGGUUGGUUGAUUGCAUUUCCAUAAGAAAAAACCUAAAAAGAUGCUCUGUUUUGUAUCCUUCUUAUCAAGGUUAUCAAAUUUGCAAUGCCUAAUCUUGCUAUUACCAUGUGACACGAGAUUGUGUAGGUGAUAUCCACAGUGGACAAGUACCAUGUGUAGAAAAAAUUGUACAGUCAAAAUCCACUAUUAACUUAAAGUUGGUCCUUGUUCCACGCAUCCUUGACUUGUUAACACAACAAUGUGUAUUGGGUGUUGCAAAUUCUUUGUAGUCAUGCUAGAAAGGAAUACUGAAGAUGUUCGUAAUUUUAAUGUUUGAAUAUCAUACUUAAGAGUCCAGGGGUGUUGGUAGCUGAUCA